AUGCUCAAUGACAACGCGAUACUGUUGCUCGUUAUCAGAGAAUCCGAUUUUACUCAAAAGUUGAUAAUAUCCAUAGAUUCUGGUGUUGCUCGGGUAAUAUCCGGCUUUGACGAUUUUGAAGCGGUAGUCUUUGAAGCGUUCCAUUUCGGUUUGGAGCUCAGCUGUAUCGUUUGCUGUAAGGUAAAACCUGCAUUCACUAAAUUCUUUAUAUUUAAACCUACCAUCUUUCAACUUGAACAACCUGACAAACAGUGCCUUGUUUCCGCUUUUGAUGGCUCCUUCGAAGGCGUGGAGAUGGUUGGAGAGAACGGUUCUGGCCCAUUCGGAUCGUUGGUGUCGACGGUGAUGGUUGCAACCGCUGAGACGGGGGCGGCAGAGUACGGUAGUACAGAAAAGGAGAAGGAGGAAAAUCGGGAGGCGCAUUCUGAGAAGAAUGGUGGGAAUGUAUUGGGGGAGAGAGGGUUUUAUAGAGGAGGAGAGCACAUCGAAUUAUUCAUAGUUUUAUGGAUUCUGAGAAAAAGUAAGGGGUGGUUUUUGGUGUUUGAUUUUGUGGCUGGAAGUUUAGAUAGGCUCCUCCCACUUUUGCAAUCUUGCCGCAUCCUUCAUUUUUUGAGCUCAAAGAAGCAAUUCCGUAAUCAAGAAGACCAAGAAGAACCAAGAAGACCACCUGAAAGAAUCUAUCAGGAUAUUUGUGCUCCUUUUUUCGUUAAAUUUUUACGAAUUUCAGAUUUUAAGUAA